UGGGAGCACUGGAGAUUUUACCCUUACCGACUACGUAAAGAUGUUCCAGGCACCACAUUGAAGAGAGUGGAGUCGAAAAGAACAGCAAUUCAUUUCGGAGUGCGCGGUCUAUGUAGGUUUUAGCUCUGAGGGUGGGCCUCCAAACCCAUUACCGUUUCACGUGGCCGCCCGUGUCACAAGUGUUUUGAGCCUCCACUGCGUGUCGGGCACCGGUUCACCCCUGGCGUGGUUCAGCGGUAGCCAAGAGGGACACGGUCCUUGCCUGCCUGUUGCUGCGAACGUCCGUGAAAGCACCCCGAGCAGGGUGCCCUGGUGGCGGGAGGGACCCCAGAGGAAGGAGUGACUCCUACUCUUUGGAGGGGUGGGAGACUGCCAGAGGAGGUGACAAGUGAACUGGAUUUUGAAGACUGAGUAGGAGGCUGUCAGUCCGCCCCGGAGGGUAGAACGGUCCGGUGGCUGAAAGAACUCGUGCAGAGGUGUGGAAGCCAGAUGCAGGGGGACUGUUGGUGAAGCUGUCGGGAGCCUGGGGUACCUGCAGCUCAGGAUGGGUGCGGGGGGCCAGAGGGAACGAAUGUUGGGGGGGCAGAUCCCGAAAUGUGUUGAAUGCUGCGCUAAGAAAUUUGGGGUCUUCCCUGAAGGGCAAUGGGGAGCCACCGAAUGAUCCAGUUGCAACGGGGACGUGGUUGGGAGGGCCACAGCUGGGUGCUGGAGAGAUCAGGGAGGAGGCCGGCCGGAGGGCAGGUGGGCAGAAGUCCUUGAAGACCAGGGGUAAGCUGGGAGCCCUUUCGCCUAUGUUCCCUUUCGGGAAGUCCCUCAGUCUUGACACUUCCCCAUCUGGCUACCCGUUGGCUCUUGUUUCUGGCAUGGCUGGGGAGUCCCUUUUCACCCACCUCGUUUCUCCUCGGUCCCUCUGGGAAACGGGCCACUUUGCUUUUACCACACUCCUCACCUACCUUUCACUUUCCAGCCCCAAUCCCCGCCCGAGGCCCUGCUGGAGAUGACGGCUGACCUGUGACCCUCCACUAUCCCAUUCCUGAAGCGUCAGUGAGGGAAAGACACAGGGAUCCCGAGAGCCAGCAUGCUGUGUGGCUGGGCGGCCCCUCUGUUCCUGCUGAUGCUCCAGGGUGCCUGGGGUUGCCUAGACCUCGUCUGCUACACCGAUUACUUCAAGACAGUCACCUGCACCCUGGAGACAUGGACCCUCCACCCCGGCACGCUCACCCUUACCUGGCAAGACCUAUACGGAGAACUAGUGGACGAGGUCACCUCCUGCAGCCUCCGCCGGUCCACCCACAAUGCCACACACACAGAGUACACGUGCCACAUGGAUGUGUUCCACUUCAUGGCCGACGACAUUUUCAGUGUCAACAUGACAGAUCAGUCCGGCAAUCGCUCCCAGGAGUGUGGCAGCUUUGUCCUGGCUAAGAGCAUCAAGCCGUCCCCCCCUUUCAAUGUGACCGUGACCUUCUCGGAACAUUAUAACGUCUCCUGGGACUCCAAUCACGAUUCCUAUCCGCUGAAGGGCAAGCUACAACAUGAGCUGCGGUACAGGAGGCAGGGAGACCCCUGGGCACUGAGUCCGGGGAGAAAGCUGGUCUCCGUGGAUGCGAGGAGCGUCUCUCUCCUUCCCUUGGAGUUCCGCUUUGACUCGGACUACGAGGUCCAGGUGCGCUCGGGGCCGCAGCCCGGCUCUUCCUUCCAGGGGACGUGGAGCGAGUGGAGUGACCCAGUCACCUUUCACACCCUGCCGGAAGAGCUAAAGGGAGACGGCCACAUCUACCUGCUGUAUAUCUUCCUGGUCAUUGUAGUCAUAGUCUUCUUGGGCCUGAAGAUCGACCUGCCUUGGAGGCUGUGUAAAGAGUGGGUACAGGUGCCCAGCCCAGAGCAGUUCUUCCAGCCCCUCUACGUGAGCCACAGCGGAGACUUCAGGAAAUGGGUGGGCACGCCCUUCACUGCCUCCAGCUUGGAGCUGGUGCCCUGGAGCCCAGAGGCGCUCUCGUCCCUGGAGAUGCACACCGGCUGCCCGCCGCAGGGUGCCAGCAAGGGGCCGGAGCCCACGGAGCUGCCGGAGCCCGCGGACCUGGUGGAGGCGGACGGGCUGCCCGAGCUGGGCUUCUGGGGCCCAGCCCACUCCGUCGUCAGCAGCCUCGGUGGCUCAGCUUACAGCCAGGAGAGGGACCGGCCAUACGGCCUCGUGUCCAUUGACACGGUGACCGUGGCAGGCACCGAGGGGCCCUGUGCCUGGUCCUGCACCUGCGGAGAUGAUGGCUACCCAGCCCUGAACUUGGACGCCAGUCUGGAGCCUGGCUCGAGCACUGGGGACCCGCUCUUGGACACAGAGACCACAGUCCUGUCCUGUGGCUGCGUCUCGACUGGUGGCCUUGGCGGGCCGGACAGCCCUCUGGGCAGCCUCCUCGACAGGCUGAAGCUGCCCCUCAAAGAUGAGGCGGGUUGGACCCCGGGGCCUCCUUGGAGCGGCGGGCCACCCCGAGGGGUGCCUGGAAGCGAGGCAGGCUCGCCCCCGGCCGGCCUAGACAUGGACACUUUUGACAGCGGCUUCGCGGGCUCUGACUGCGGGAGCCCUGUGGAGUGUGACUUCGCCAGCCCCGGGGACGCAGGGCCCCCCAGGAGCUACCUCCGCCAGUGGGUGGUCAUGACCCCUCCACCUGAGGGGUCUGGGCCGCAGGCCAGCUAGCGAGGCCGACUGGCCGUCCGGAGCCGGCCGAGCCACUCGGCCCUGAGCCAGAGCUGGGGACCCCUGGGCCGGAGGGUGAAGCGGCCUGCAACCUCCUGUCCCCCCGACGGGGCCCCCGGGCCCGGUGUUUACGGCGACCCAGGUGCACACUGCUGUGUCCGUGUGUGACCAGCACAGCUGCCAGAGGGCACAGGGCGUGCCUCGGUGAAGCCACGUGCCCGAGGCCACACACGUCUGUGCCCACACGAGGUUGCCGUGUGUACGGAUGUGAGAAGCACAUGUGUCCGUGACUGUGUGCACGGGAUGCCAGCCUCGCUCCUCGCCAGACACGUGGGGUGGCCCCAGGUUGUGUGCCGAGGGGCUGGUCCAGGGUUACUCACGGCCCUGCCGGGACCAGGCCACUGCCUGCGGCGUCCGAAUUCCAGCCCUCCGGAUCCGGCCUCCAGGAGCCGCAGGACGUCCAUACUGUUCCUCUUCACUUCUCGGGGCGGGGAAGAGGAUGGAGGGGGCCCACCGUGAUCCUGGGUGUGGGGAGGUUUGGGGGGAGCCUGGUGGGUCAAGAUCUGCUUCCUAACUGUGAUGCCUCUGGGCUGUGCCGCCUUGGGCCAGCCGCUUCCCCUCUCUGGGCUGGAGUUUCCCGUUUGGACUAGGGUGUGGGGGGUGCGUGACCCAUCUUGGGGAGAAAUGGGUGAGGUCACCCAGGGUACAGGGUGCGACAGAGCAGACCCUCAAUAAACUCAGUUUCCUUCCUUCUGCUGC